AGAGAGAGAGAGAGAGAGAGAGAGAGAGAGAGAGAGAGAGAGAGAGAGAGAGAGAGAGAGAGAGAGAGAGAGAACGUGGGAAUAAUUGAAUUAGAUUCAGACUUCUCAGAGAUGAUAUAAUUCAAUUUUUAUUUUACUAUUUAUUAUUAUUUUAUUUAUUUUAAAUGCUGUAGCUUUUCUGCUGUCACAUGUGAGGUUUCUUUGCUCUUUAAUAUGUCACCUAUAUAACACCUACACAAAUCUUGUUAUUUUUUUGCAAUAAAAUCGAUCAUACAUCAACUACCUUUUUCCUCUGUCUUCUCCAAUAAGAAAAAGAAAGAAUAAUAUGUCUAAAAGUGGAGUUUUGUUAUUACAAUUAGUGAUAAUCACAAUUGGAUUAAGUUAUUUCAUCAUUAGUGCUAAUGCACUCACAGCCUCUGGAUGGACUCAGGCUCAUGCAACUUUCUACGGAGGCAGUGAUGCUUCUGGAACAAUGGGGGGUGCUUGUGGGUAUGGAAACUUGUACUCGGCUGGGUAUGGUACAAGAACUGCAGCGCUGAGUACAGCACUGUUCAACAACGGAGGUUCGUGUGGUCAAUGCUUCAAGAUAAUGUGUGAUUACAAUUCUGACCCUCAGUGGUGUAAGAAAGGUGUGUCUGUCACCGUCACCGCCACUAACUUCUGCCCUCCGAACUUUGACCUUCCUAGCGACAACGGCGGGUGGUGCAACCCUCCACGUCAGCAUUUCGACAUGGCUCAGCCCGCCUGGGAAAAAAUCGGCAUUUACAGAGGCGGCAUUGUCCCCGUCAUCUACCAAAGGGUUCCUUGCAAGAAACAUGGUGGAGUUAGAUUUACGAUAAGUGGGAGGGAUUACUUUGAGUUAGUCUUGAUAACAAACGUUGGAAAUGCUGGAUCCAUACAAUCCGUACAAAUCAAGGGCCCGAAAACAGGGUGGAUGCCUAUGUCAAGAAAUUGGGGUGCUAAUUGGCAAUCUAAUUCUUUUCUUAAUGGCCAAUCAAUUUCGUUCAUGGUGACCACAACUGAUGGUAUAGUUAAAACAUUUUUAAAUGUUGUCCCUUCUAAUUGGGCUUUUGGUCAGACAUUUUCGAGCCCGGCCCAAUUUUGAGAUUUAUAUGGAUGGGCCUUGCUAUCUUCAAGGCCGUGGCGAGCUAACUAUUUUACUCAAAGCAGCCCGCCCCAAAUAUAUUUCGGGCCAAUCGAAGAAGAGAAUCGGUCGGAGACUUGGAGACGGGAUUUGUUCGAUCUUCAUUGUAUUGAGAGUCGAAAGACAUGCGCAUAAUAAGAGGCACGAUAAUGUGCAUCUUUGGAUUGCUUAUUAUUUUCCAAUGUUUUUUUGGUUACGUACGACGAUUGUAAUUAUGGUAUCAUACUAUAUAAGCAAAAAAAAGACAGAUUUUUAGUUUUCUAUU